GAUGAAAAAUUUGUUGAUUUUUGCGACUAGUCGUCUAUCCCUAUAUAAUUAUUUCCAUUCCAAUCUUAUUAGCAUUGUCUGAGGUCUAGUCUACAAAAACACAGUCGCUUCGUUUGACUAAAUUUAUCCCAAUUUUUACGCAUUAUGGAUUUCCAACUAUGUAAACUGUAUGUCUCUCUCCUUGUAAAGGAAAUCCUAACAAAUCCGUGCCAAACUCCAGAUGCAUUAAUUACAGCGUAAAAUUAGGCUUAAAAUUAAAAGUUUGUUGACAUCAUGAUACAUACAAUACGAGCAAUUAGUUUAAUCCGUGUCAUUAUCCUCCUCGUAUUCGUAUGGAUUAAAACGCCAUUCUUCUUUAAUGACACAUAACAGGAAAUGAGAUGCUAAUAACUCACCAACCGUGUUCAUAUUAUUAUGAAUCCGAGGGAGCUACUGGAGAGAACGAUUAUUUGUUCCAUUUUCAUUCUAAUGAUCCAACCCUGCAUAUCACAAUCUAACAUUUUCAUGUGAAUAAUCUUGUCAAAAUUUCCUGAAAAUUGUCCCCUGAAAAAAAAAAUAUGUGUAUUACAACGCUGAAGGGAGGGUGCUACUUUGCAGCCACGGUUCACAUUGCAGAUGCACUCUUUCUCUUUUGGACCUUCAUUUUCGACAUCAUCCACGUCAACAAAUUGUGGUGGUAUGGUCCCGUGGAUGAUGAUCCUAACCUGACCUGGUACUUUGUCAUGAUUGGAAUCUACAUUGUUGCCGCAAUUUUGCUCGGAUUCGUCAUUUUUCGAGGAAUUGAAGUCGAGGAAACUCGCAUCAUCCUGGUCGCCGCUGGAAUUUUCCUGAUUCUCCAAAUCAUCGCAUUUAUCACGACGUGGUGUUGGUGGUACCCAAUCCCUCCCCUGGAGGACCCCUUCGGCCUCUUGGAAUCUUCCCGAAUUGGACGCUUCGUCGUCCGCACGUUUGCCACGAUCGGUUACAUGAUCGUCCUCGCAUUUUACGUUCGCCACCUCAGGAUUAAACUCGAGUUGGAGGAGAGACACGCCGUCUUUGGGUAUCGAAAACCACGCCCAGUUGUGUAAACAUUUUGAACAAAUCAAUCUUGUUAAUGUCAAGAAAUUUCUUAAAAUAAAUUAUUAAAAAAAUAACUUGACUAAAUCUCAAAAA